AUGCAAGAUAAUUUUUAAAUGCCUUAGGGCUUUAAUACUGACUUCCUUUACUCAAGUUAGUAGAAUCAAAUAAAAGCUUAAUCCAUAUUUUCUAGCUUUGGCCAAAAUUAAAACACACAAAACGAAAAGUUGAAUUGCUAAGACUAGCUAAAUAAGCACUAUACCCUAAGCACUGCAAUUGCAUAAUCUGAUCAAGAUUCUUGCAGCAAUAAGCUUUUAUAAAAGGGCGAUUCUGAUUUACUUAGCUUAAUUAUGAAGGAAAAUGUUGUUAAAUCUUCAUCUAUGUUCCCACCUAUUAGCUAAAAUAACUAGAAUGACAAGUUAAUUUAGAAAUUGGGUAUGCUUGAAAUAUAAAAUAAAGAAUAGGAAGAAAGAAUACAAAAUCUUUAAAAAUUGAAUGAUCAAUUAAUGUCUGCAAUAACAGAUUUGAAUGGAAACGACCAAAGCAAGUAAAAAUAUUAAAGGGAGAAAGAGCUUCUCUAAAAGUAGCAUGAUAAAGAGAUAUCUGAUUAUAUGUUUCAAAUUAAAGAUCUUAAAAACAAACUAGAACUUUAAAAAUCUUAAAUGAAUGAGAAAGCGGCAGAAUACGAAAAGGAUAAGAUGCUCUUAGAAAAAUAAUUAUAAGAAGAAGAAAAAAGUUAUUAGCAGAAGCUUUAGCAAUACAAAGAAGAGAAGGACUCAAUUAAUGCUAUGCUUAAAGACUAUGAAUAGAUGAGAUAAAAAAAUUAAGAAGUAGUAUAAGCAAACCUCGAGAAUAAGAUAAGAGUUUUGGAAGAAGUUAUUGAAAAGUAAAAGUAGGAAGCAGAGGAGAGAACAGGAUAGCUAGCCAACGAUACUGAAAAAAAUAUUCAAAAGAUGAAGCAAAUUCAUGAAAAUGAAAAAAACAUUCUAAUGAAUAAAAUAUCAAGUCUUUAAUAAGAAAAAAAGCUUAUUGAGUAGCAAAGUGAAUACAAUUUUAAAUUGUUUAAUGAUCUAAGAAAUAAGUCUGAAAAUCAAUAAGAUGGUUUAUAUAAUGAAUUGGAUAAGACUAGAAAGUUAAUUUGUGGAUUAGAGCAAAAAAUUAUUGAGAAAGACAGUAUCAUUCAAAUUUAACAGUAAAAAAUAGAUGGAAAUGAAACAGUUCUUAAGUUAAGAGAGAAAAACUAUGAAGAAUCUUUAAAAGCUUUUAAAAAUUAAAAUGAUUAACUGAUGGAGCAAAUUAAAAAAUAAUAGCAUGAGCUUAAGCUUAUGCAAUUCUAAAUUUAAGAGAAGAGCUUUGAACUAACAGAUAAAAGCAAAUAGUUGAAGAAACAAAUUUGGAAUGAAAAAAAGAAAGCAGAACAAAUGGAAGAAGUUGCCAACAGAAUUAAGGAUGACUACACAAAAAAGAACUCCUUUGUAAUUCAGGAGCUUUUAAUGAAGGAAGAGAAAAUAAAGAAACUGAAUAAUUAAAUUCACAAGCAAUCAGCAAUUUAGAAUUAAAUUGCUCAGUUAAAUUACAAUAGCUUAAGCAAUAAUAACAACAACAACACAUCUUAUUCAUUUAUUAAUAAUACAAAUCUCAGUAAUUUAAUUCAAAACCCGAAUUUAAGUUUGAUUUAGUAAAAUAUGAGCUGUGUUAAUCGUCCAAGCCAAAGACAGUAAGAUAGAAAUCAAGUCCUUUCAUUAUCAAAUAAUGUAAAUUUGAACAUGAUUAUGAAUUAAGAAAAUUUUAACUCUAGCGAUAAUCUCAAUGUAAUUAAUAACCACAGCCUUUCAAAAAGCCCUAAAAUAUAAGUCAAUAAAGCUUCUAUCAUGUCGCAAUGUUAAGAUAGCUAUUCUGUACCUACGUCGAAUAGAAACUUCAACAACGUCUAAUCUUCUAAAAAUAACCAAAUUGCUGCAAUAAGCAGUGAUAAUCUUUCUUAAUCUAAUCAAAAUUUUAAUGCAACUCGUAUUUAGCAUUUAAGAAGUAUUAGCAAUUAUUAAUCAGAGACUAUAAAUAAAAAUAAUUCUCAAAUUUCACAUGAUAAGAGUAAUAUUGAAAAUUUCAAUAGCUGUUAAGUUGUGAAUAACCUUUUGUCGAUAAACAGUCCAUCUAAUACAACUACUUUGCCCUAAAUAACAAAUGAUUUCAUGUCUCCAUAGAGCCAAAAAUUAGAUCUUUCUCGUAGUGAACCUUAAACGAUGAGAGGAGUGGUUCCAACAAUGUCUUAAAAUUAAAUUUAAACCAUAGAUUAAGGCAAGAAGGAAGAAGCUUAAAAGAAUAAGCGCUCUUUAAGCCAAGCAGUCACUCCGUUGACUACUGGAGCUCUAAAUAAAAGUUUCUAAAAAGUGAUUAAUUAACAAAACUAAUAGAAAUCAAACCAAUAAAGAAAUUAAUAAAAUAAAUCUGGUUCUUAGUCACCUCUAGCAAUACAGUAAAAAGAAAUAAUAGGUAACAACUUGACAUUAAUUACAUAUGAUGCUUCAUAAUAGAAGAAUAGUAACAACAAAAAAUCAAACAAUAAAGAUGAUAUUCACAAUACUAGUAUUAAUACUCCUAUUUCAAAUAAAAGAGGAGCUGUAAAUAAUAAUCAAAAUAGAUCUGUAUCUCCUAUACAUAAUCAAUCAGUCAAUAGCUGUUACUCAUAAAAAGAUGUAGAAAAAACUAAAAAUGCAAGCAAUAGAAGAAAUAUUUCUGUAGACUAAAGUAAAAGUAUCAAUAAAGUAGUUGGAGUUACACUAAAUAAUAAUAGAGAUUUUAAUCAAAAUCAUUUAAAAAACCUUUCAGUGUCAGCAACUCCCAUGAGCAGUGUUAAUUUAAAUAUUUUAAUGAAUUAACAAAAUGAAAAUAUAGAAAAUAUGAAUGUAAGAAGCAAUUAAAUGACAUUUAUACCAGAAAAUAAUAGUUAAAAAUAGUAAAUCUUUAACUUAACACCAAACAAACAGAAUAAUUCAAUUAACUAAAAUUAUUCUAAAUUCAUGCAGAAUAACUAAAAUCUAAAUCAAGAUAACUCAUUUUCUAAAGAUAGACCUAAUUUGGUUAUUAACUUAUAGCAGCACAAUCUAAACACCAAUGCUAAUACUUAGUAAAAUGACAACUGUUUUAAUAAUCAAUACUAAAACUAUGAACAAAAUUAAUAAAUCAACUAAAUCUAAUCUAACUUUAUUCAAAAUAAUUUAAAUAUGGGUUUUAAUCAAAAUAAUUCGUUUUCUAAAGAAAACAAUGUUUCAAGACCAAACUUAAUUAUUAAUUUACAGCAAAAUUAAAAUGAUAUUAAUAAUUAAAUUAACUGUAAAUAGCAAUUUGAAAAUUGCUUUAACAAUUAAAACUACCAAUUAUAAUAAUACUCAUAACAAUAGCAAAAUAGUAUUUAAAUGUAGCAAAAAAGAGACAUUACUUUUGGUACACCUAUUACAGAAAAUUUUUAUAGCGAAAUGUCUUAAAAGUUUUAGAAAACACAAGAUGAUAACUAACAAUUUUCUUAAUAAUAAUAGUCCAAAUUUUAGAAUGAUCAAUAGAUAUCUAAAAUAAGGAAAAUCUUAAAUUAAUUCAAUUUUAUUUAGCAAGCUUAGUUAAAUAAGUCAUCAAUAGCACAAGCUGCCUGCAAUUAAAAAGAAAACUAAGCAAUCAACUAGCAACAACUCUCAUCAAAUUAACCUCAACAGCAAUUUAAAACAAACUAAAAGGAAAUCGAAGCAAUUUUCUUUUAAUAAAUGAAGGAAGCUCUAUAAACUUAUCCAGAAAUGAUAGAGUAAAGCAAUGGUAUUCUUAGAACUUCUAUGGAAAGUAAGGACAUGAAGCUCGCUUUGAAUGGAUUAAAAGAAAUAAUUUAAAAAAUAAACAUUAAUGAGAAAGAAAAGAAAGAACUUUAAAUAGAAAUAACAUCAUUACAAUCUAAAUGUAGUCUAGAGAAAGCUUCCCUACAAAAUAUACCAACAAAUACAGUAUAUAAUUAUGAUACAUAAAACAACAUCCAAAAUUCAUCUAUUGGUGAUUCUAAAGUUAACUAAAUUAUCAUGGAAAAUUUACAAAUAAAGACUUCUGAAAACUCUUUUUGUGGAGUUAAUAUUAGUGAAAAAGAAAACGCUAAGGCAACACCAGUUUCAUUAGAAUUGAAUAAUAAAUUCAAACCAAUAACAUCAAUGAUUCAUAACGGGAACCCUUAAUCUGUAAAUAAUUUAAGUAUCAAUUUAAGCGGAUUAAAGUCCGCUUAAUUUUAAUAGAUUAAAGAAGAAAAAAAUAAUAAACAAUCCCGUGCUCUCUAAUAAAAAUCUGAUUACCUUAAUGACUAUAAUUCAAAUAUAGAAAAUUAGCCUUACAAAAACAACUUAUAAGUACAACAAAAUAGCAAAACUUAAACAAAUAUCAACAAUAAAUCAUCAAAUAUUUCAUAUAAUCAAUUUAAUUCAGCAAGAACUAGCAACAAAGUCUCUGAUGAUCAAAACCAAAAUCCAAGCAAUACAAUUAAAACUUAAAAUAAGCAUUCAGCCAGUAUCAGUAUAACUAUAUAGGCUAAUAAUUGUAUGAAUGACUAAUCCCCUUAAAUGUAAAGAAUGAAUAGUGGAUUAAGUCAGACUAUAAGAUAGGUAGCUAAUGUAAAUAACAAUUUAUUGAAUUUGAGCAAUAAUAAGAUUAAUAAAACUAAAACAACAAGUAAGAUUUGA